AUGACAAUCGACAUAGCGAUAGAAGUUUCUCAGAGCACCUCUGCUGGUGGGGGAACUAGGCUCAGUUCUGCUACUGAGAUGGAACUUGAUCGAUACACAGAGCCCGUAUCUCCGACAGCUGCAGUGGAAAACAAAAUAGAAAUGGAAAUGAAGCAGCAACAGGACAGUGAAAGAGCAGUACAAACUGAUGAAUCUCGUGUUGAUGAAGGUCUACCAAUAGACAAAGGGUGGGCUUGGGUAGUACUCGCAGCACUUAUCACUAUGACUGUUGGAAUGAAGUUCAUGUCCAACCGGAUGGCUGUGAUGUUAGGAGCUAUGAUUCUAACAAUAUCCUACAUAAUAUCAGCAUUCGCAACAGAUGUACGGAUGCUCUUUGUAUCAUUAGGAUUUCUGGAAGGAAUAGGAAGAGCUUUGCUUCAUCCCACAGUGAUGGUCUCUCUUGUAGAAUAUUUCAACAAAAGGCGCGGACUGGCUAAUGGUUUGGCUUUUAGUGGAGCUAGUUUUGGAGGCUUGAUCUUCGCUCCAGUUUUUGCCGAGUUGUUUGAAAAAUUAGGUUAUUCCGGAACAUUUUUAAUAGUGGCUGGCCCUGUAGAGCGUGCCGAAUAUAGGCAAUAUUAA